CAAUAACGUGAACUAGAUAGCAUUACUCAUUUUGCCAGUCAAGCAACCAGUCCCAAAACAUUAAACGGCUUCUGUGCGAGCGCGGCCUCCAUUCCAAAGGAUGCCGCCUCGCCCUGCAACACUGCAACCUAAGGAUGAUCGUGAAAAGGAGGAAUUCGACAACAUUUCUGCGGAUUACAUUACAUCUUGCAAGGAUGUAAAGAAGCUAAUGAGGUUGGAGGCGUACAUGAGGGACCAGGGCUACGAUGCCACCGCGGACGCCGCCGCCCACCGGCUGCGGGAGCUGGGCCAGCGGGCUGCCGGCUCCGAGGCGGCGGCAAUCGACCCGGAGGCGGCGCGCCAGGCGGCCGAGGCAAAGCGGGCGGCGGCGGCGGACAUUGCGGCCUGGAGCACAGUUCAGAAGAAAACGGAGGCGGCGCUGGAGGCGGCGCGGCAGGCGGCCAGUGGACGUGAGGCGGGCGUGCCGCCUGUUCGCGCGCCGCCGGCGCCCGGCGCCGCACCCGCGCCCACGCCCUCAUCAAUGCCGGCGCCCGCAGGCGACGGCAAGAAGGCGAAGGCGGACUCGGCGGUGGGGCUACAGGUGCGCUCGGGCCGCGACUACUACGACGCCUGGGACAAGAAAGUGGAGGCCGCGCUGGCGGAGGCCGACACAGGGGGCGGGGGCGGCAGCAGCGCCGACGGCGCCGCUGGCGAGGCGGCGGCCGCCGCCAGCACGGCGGGCCUGCGCCGCAGCCCGGAGCUGACGCAGCGGCUGCUGGAGCUCAAUCGCAGCCUGAGCGCGCCGGAGCGGCUGGCGCUGAGCGGGCAGGAGAAGGCCAAGGGAAAUGAGCACUUCCGGGCCAAGGAGUACGUGGAGGCUGUGGAGCUCUACACGCUGGCGCUGGGCCUGCGCGGCGCGGCUGGCGACGCGGCGCUGUUCGCCAACCGCGCCGCCGCCUACGUCAAGCUGUCCAUGUGGGACUGCGCGGAGACGGACUGCUCCGCGGCGCUGGAGGCCGACCCCGCGUCCUACAAGUCCUACGUCCGCCGCGCCGCGGCGCGGCUGCAGCUGGGCAAGCUUAUGGAGGCCAAGGCGGACGCGGAGACGGCACUGGCGCUGCAGCCGGGUCACGUGGACGCGACGGGGCUGCGCGAGCGCAUCCUCAAGGCCCUUGAGGCCAAGGGCAUGAAGCGCAUGGUCAUCGAGGAGGCCGAGGACGAGGACGAGGAGGAGGGCGAAGAGGCGGACGAGGUGCCCGUGCCCGUGCGCAAGGCACCGGCGGCUGCGCCGGCGCCGGCGCCGGCGGCACCCGCGGCGCCGGCGGCUGCGCCCCAGUCUCCUGAGGGCGGUGCGCCGCGUCGCAAGCUGCAGGUGGUGGAGGAGUCGGACAGCGAGGAGGACGACGCGCCGCCCGGCGACCAGCGCCAGAGGGCCGCACCGCCCGCGCCCGCCGCCGCCAAGUCGCCCGUCCCCACCCCGGCCCCGGCGCCUGCGAAGGUGCCCGCUCCUGCUCCCGCGCCGGCGCCGAAGGCGGCGGCGGCGCCGCCGCCGCCUCCUGCCCCAGUCGUGGAUCUCCCUCCGCCCCCGCCGCUGCCGCCCAAGCCGGAGCCGCCGGCGCCCACGCCGGUGUCGGAGUACGAGGCGGCUGUGGCGGCUAUUAAGGAGGCGGGUAACAUGGCCUUCAAGGCGCAGCAGUACGUGCAGGCGGCGCGGCAGUACAGCGACGCGCUGGAGCUGGCGCCCGACCUGCAGCUGCUGUACAUCAACCGCUCCAUGGCCCGCCUGAACAACAAGCUGGCUCGCGAGGCGCUGGUGGACGCGUGCGUGGCGGUGGCGCUGGACCCCACCUCCUACAAGGCGCUGCACAAGCGAGCGCGCGCCAAAGUGCAGCUGCGCCUGUGGCAGUCGGCCUGCGACGACCUGCUUCAGUGCCACGACCUUAUCCCGGCCAAGGACGCGAAGGUGCGUGGUGGGAUUGUACGCGAGCUGGAGGCGGCGCAAGUGCAGCUGUCGGAGGCGGCGCGCCGGGCGCAGGAGCGCGCGGCGGCCGCCGCCGCCAGGCCGCAGCGCGUGACGCGCUACGCCCGCGCUCAGGUCACCAUCGAGGAGCACAGCGACCACGAGGACGAGGCUGGCGAUGACAAGCCGGACAUCGACCCGGAGGAGGUGGAAGCCAUGGAGGCCGACGCCCUGCGAGCCGUGCCGCAGCUGCGCGCCGCUGGCGAGGCCGCGAGGGCCGCCUGGCUGGUGCAGCGGGACUCCGCUGCUCACGCCGAGUACCAGCAGCGCCUGCUCUCCUGGCAGGCGGCCGUGGAGCGGGCCGAGGCGGCCGCGGCAGACGCGCGCGCCGCCGCGGCGGCGGCGUCAGCCGCCGCCGCGGUCGCUGCCGCGCAAGCGGCAGCGCCGGCGGCGCAGCCGGCGGCGCCGGCGGCGCCGCUGCCAGCCCGCAGCGCCGACGAGCUGAAGGAGGAGGGCAACGUGCUGCUGCGCACGCAGCAGCCGGCGGAGGCAGCGGCCAAGUACCGGGAGGCUCUGGAGCUGGACCCCACCAACGUGCCGGUGCUGUGCAACCUGCUCAUGGCGUUGAAUAUGCAGCAGCGCUGGCCGGAGACCGAGGCCGUGGCGGCGCAGCUGCUGCAGGUAGUGGAGGGCGGCGAUGCGGCGGACGUGGCGGGCUUCACCAGCAAGGCGCUGCACCGCCGCAGCCAGGCGCGCAAGUGCUUGGGGAGGCUGGAGGAGGCGGCGGCGGACCUGCGGCGAGCGCUGGACCUGAACUCGGGCGUGUCGGCCACCCGGGCCCAACUGGAGCUGGAGCUCAAGGUGGUGGAGGGCAUGCUGGAGGACAAGCGCGAGGCGGAGGCGGAUCAGGCAAAGGAGGCGAAGGCGAGGGAGGCGGAGGCAGCCAAAGCCAAGGAGGCGAAGGCGGAGGCAGAGGCGGCGAAGGCAAAGGAGGCCGAGGCAGCCAAGGCGAAGGAGGCCGAGGCAGCCAAGGCGAAGGAGGCCGAGGCAGCCAAGGCGAAGGAGGCAGAGGCAGCCAAGGCAAAGGAGGCGGCAAAGGCAAAGGAGGCAGCGAAGGCCGCCCCUGCGUCUGCACCUGUUGCGGAGGCGGAGCCUGCGCCAGCAAAGCCUGCCACAGCACCGGCCGCUGCUGCCCCCGCCGCUGCCGCUGCCGCUGCCGCCAAGCCGUCGGGGGUACGGCGGCGGAUGGUUGUGGAGGAGGAGAGCGAGAGCGAUGAGGACGAGGCGAGCUCGCCGCCCGCCACCGCGGCGGCCAAGAUUGCCACUGCCACCUCCAGCUCUAGCGCCUCCUCGGAUGCGACCUCGUCCAAGCCCGCGGCAGCCACAGCUGCGGCCGCGCCCGCCAAGCCGGCGGCGGCUGCGCCGGCGCCCACUUCCGCCCCUGCCCCCACGCCCACGGCCUCAACGUCCACCUCUGCGCCAUCUGCGCCCGCAGCAAAGCCGCCCGCGCCGGCACCCGCCUCCACCUCCACACCAGCUUCCUCCUCCUCCGCUUCUGCGGCGGCGGGCGCGGCUCAGGGCGACGCGGGCAACUCCGAAGAGGCGGCGCGGCUGCGGGAGGAGGGCAACCGGCUGUUCGGCGUGGGCAACUACGUGCGGGCCGGCGACCUGUACAGCCGGUCCAUCCGCGCCUGCGCGCAGAACCCCGCCGCCUACUGCAACCGCGCCUUCGUGCACCUGCACCUCAAGCGGCCCGCGGAUGCGCUGCUGGACGCGGAGGCGGCGCUGGAGCAGUCGGGCGGGCGCUACCCCAAGGCGCAGCUGCGGCGGGCACUGGCGCUGCGCGACCUAGGUCGAUACGCCGAGGCCGCUGAGACGCUGGCGCCGCUGCUGGAGGCGCAGCCAGGCGACGCCGCCCUGCAGGAGGAGAUGGCCCGCGUGCAGCAGCUGAUGGCCAAGGCCGCGGCGGCGGCGGCGGGCGGCGCCGCGCCAGCGGCGCCGCCGCCGGCCCAGGCGGCGCCGGUGCGGCACAAGAUUCUGGUGGAGGAGGUGUCUGACGACGAGGAGGGGGGAACCCAGCCGGCGGCGGCUCCGCCGCCGCGGCCGGAGCCCGCCGCGAAGGCGGCUUCAAAGCCUGCGGCCGCAGCGGCGGCAGCCCCCGCCGCCGCUGCCGCGGCGACCAGCGGGACCGCGAGCAGCAGCGGCGACGCGUCGCCCACGGCCGCGGCGGCCCGUGGCGGGAGCAAUGGCGGCGCCGGCGGCUUGUACGAGGCGGCCACAGCCAAGGCGGCGGCGGCGCUAGCGAUGGCGGCGUCCAAGACGCCUAAGAAGCCCAAGGCGCCUAAGAACGCCCAUGAGUUUGAGCAAGCGCUCAAGUCGCUGUCCAGCCACCCGGCUGUGCUUGAAUCCUACAUUCGCUCCAUUGACCCGGCGACCUAUGCGGAGGUGAUCAAGGCUAACCUGUCCACGCGCAUGGUUCAGGCAUUGGUGGAUGCGGCGAAGGGUGCGGUAGGCGCGGCGGAGGGCAGCAGCGAGGCGCUGGAUGUGGACUAUGCGGCGCGGUCGCUAGAGGCGCUGACGUUGGUGCAGCGGUUUGAGAUGAACUAUGGGCUGGUGGCGAAGGCGGUGAAGGAGGACGUGCGGGCGGUGGUGAACGCGCUCGCGGCGGCGGGCCGCGAUGUGGCGCUGCUGCGGAAGAGCUACAAGCUUUGAGGCGUUGGGGAGUAGGGGAGGAGGUGAACCAUGUAGAAGUGUUGUUCUUGCGGAGCGAGUGUGAGAGGUUGGGUGAGAGGAGAAUGGACAUGCCCAUCGGCUGUGCUGCUUUGGCGGGCCUCCGAACCUGACGCCCCUGAGUGUGGUGGAAAGCUCACCGUGGUGCGGAGCCCGUGUGCGGAGCCCUUGCAGGUCGGCAAGCUUCGGCACAGCACACCUGUGUAACUGGAAAAGCUU